AUGGAACUGGAAUCCGUUAAUUUCGACCCCGAGAAGCAAGAAGUGUUCUCAAACGUUGAAAACCGUCCUUCGUUUCCCUUUGACACAAUCCAUAUAUCUUGCAAGUCAGAUGCGUAUCAAGGAAAAGGUUAUAACUACGCUGGUGUCCUCAUUUACGCCUACAAUGGCAAGACAAAGUGGGAAACCCGGAAUGGUACACGCUGUAGAGGUGGAUAUCUUGUGAUUAAGGAUACUAAAAGCGAGGAAGUGAACGAGUUUAUUGCAAAAAGCGAUGGAAAGGUACAUGGUGCUGUCUACAGAGGCGCCUUUGGAGAAGAACACAACGAGGCAGUUGUCAUCGGCGAAGGUUUCGCUGUGGUGAAAGGAAAGUUCAAGAUGAAUUCUGGCGUGUUCAAUAAGGCAGAAGAUAGCUACCACGACGAAGAAAGAUGCAUGGAUGAUAAUACCUCUCGUUGCGUUGAGAAAGUCGUUAAUUACUGGAAGGAAGCGGGUAAAGACUUCCUUCGUUGCCAAAAUUUCAAGGUCCAAGACUUGCUGAAGGAAUAA